AUGGAUUCAAAAAGGUUGCAGAAGCCUUUCAAAGAUCGUGAUGAAUUGAAGGAGAAAUUGUCUAUCGAUCAUUUCGAUUUGAACGCUAUCCUGCGAGGAGCCCAAUUGACAAUUGUGGGAGCUUUAAGGGCUCUGCGAAAUCCGCAAUUGUUUACUUCGGAGCAUUACAAGCAGGCAGCUCUCGCAGUUCUGGCAGGCGUCGUAAUUCGAUUAGCUAUCGAGAUCCCCAUUUUCGGUGUGAGAGUCUUCCUAUGGCUCAUGUCAUUUGUUGUAGACCUAGGAGCCUCUACUUUCGAUAACAGGGUUGUCGAGGGCUUAGAUCUUAUCCAGAAUCAUGUUUUACAAGUUCCGUUCUUUCUCAUGAGUAUACUAAGUCGUGUCACACCAACCCUUGACAACAUGUUCAUGAUGAGCCUCGCGUUCGUUGACGAAACAUAUUACGAGAAACAUAAAGGAGAGGAACGGUCCACAUUAAGAGACGAAUAUUAUCCAAAUUUACGACGAUAUCCUAAGAGAGAUGGCACAACCCAUAAAACAAGCACAGCCGAGAACAUGUCCAUGUUUUUGAUAAAGUUUGGAAAGAAGGCGGGGCUCUCUUUGGCAGUAUAUGCUCUAUCUUACGUUCCGAUCCUGGGAAGAUUCGUGCUUCCGGCUGCCAGUUUCUAUACAUUCAAUAAAGCUGCAGGACUUGGUCCCGGCCUUAUAGUGUUUGGCACGGGUGUCUUUUUGCCUCGUAGAUAUCUCGUAAUCUUUCUACAGAGUUACUUCUCGUCACGCAGUUUGAUGCGUGAACUGCUUGAGCCAUACUUCGCUCGUAUCAAGUUUACCAAGGAGCAGAAGAAGAAUUGGUUUCAUGAUCGAGAGGGACUCUUGUUUGGCUUUGGUAUCGGGUUCUACAUAUUCCUUCGAAUCCCUUUGCUCGGUGUACUUGUCUAUGGUAUUGCAGAAGCAUCCACGGCAUAUCUUAUUACCAAAAUUACCGACCCGCCCCCACCUGUUGGACAAGAGGACAACUUUGCUGCUAGCCAACAAAAGUGGAAGAACAAGCAUGAGUUCUUGAACCUCAAACUCGACCAACUAGAUUCUCUGAACACAUCCAGUAGGAAUGAAGUCACGCAGGGUGUUUCAGGCGAGAAAGCUUCAUCAUCGGCCACGGAAGUGCCUCCGCCGUACAGCGAGUUAAGAUCACGGUAA